UUAGAAACCAAUUAAAGUUGAAGGAUGAAUGGCAAUUAUUUAUUGAUAUGGAUGGAGAAGAGGGAGUAAUGUAACGAGUGAUGAACAAACCGCGUUCCCUUCCCAUUUUUUAUUUCUACUUUUGAAUUCUUCCAAUCACUCUUUUUCUUCAUCAAUUUCCUGACCGUCUCUUCGAUUUGUUUCUCUCUGGCAUUUUCGCAAACAGUUUCAUGUAUCUGAACCUCGUUUCCAUGUCUCUCGCUCUUUGAUUCUUCCCUUCCCCUUUUCUUCUUCUGCGCCUUCCAUUGCUUUGCUUUGCUUUGUUUCUGAUCCAUCUUCCUUUUAUCAAUGGUUGACAACGGCGAGGAGAAGUUGCUGGCUAUGGCUCGCCACAUAGCCAAGACCAUGGGUCGCAACGAGUCCAUGGCUGAUGAUAUUCUUCACAUUUUCUCCAAUUUUGAUGCUAGGUUUUCCCUCGAUAAGUUGUCUGAUAAGCCCGAUGAGCUUGAUCCCAGAGGCUCCGCCGAUUUGCAUCGCUCUCUCAAGUCUUUGGACCGCCGGAUCUCCCAAUACUUGGUCGCCGACCAUCCAAUUUGGGCUGACUCUGCUGAUUCCUCUGCGUUUCUUGACGCUAUCGAUGAGUUGAUGGCAAUCAUUAGGGACUGGACGCCGAUGGCUAGGGAUAAGUCUGUUGGGAACUACCUUGCUCGCGCUGACGAUCUGAUGCAGCAGGCGAUGUUCCGCGUCGACCAAGAGUUCCGGUCGUUGAUGGACCGUGGAGGUGAGUCUUUUGAACUUACUCGUCAUUUCAGGAACGGCGAGUCAACUGGUGAUUUCUGCUUCGAUUCUGAGGAAGAUGAGGAUGUUGCGGAAGGAAUUCUUGGCGAUGGUCUCCAGAUCCCUGUGGCGCAGCCGGUGACGGACUACAACAUCGUUAUCGACGCGCUUCCGUCGGGGACUAUCGGCGAUCUCCAUGAGAUAUCGAAGCGUAUGGUUGCGGCUGGGUUCGAGAAGGAGUGCUCGCACGCUUACAGUAGCUGCAGGAGGGAGUUCUUGGAGGAGAGUCUUUCUAGGUUGGGGUUACAGAAACUGAGCAUCGAUGAAGUUCAAAAGAUGCAAUGGCAUGACCUUGAAGAGGAGAUUGAGCGCUGGAUGAAAGCGAUUAGCGUCUCCCUUCGAGUUCUCUUCCCAAGCGAACGACACCUCUGCGAACGCGUCUUCGUCGGCCUCUCCUCCACCGCUAAUCUCUCUUUCAUGGAGGUCUGUCGAGGAUCGACGAUCCAGCUACUGAAUUUUGCAGAUGCGGUGGCAAUUGGCUCCCGCGCCCCAGAACGACUCUUCAAAAUUAUAGAUAUGUUCGAAACCUUGAGAGACUUGAUGCCAGAGUUCGAUUCAGUAUUUCCAGACCUGUACUGUUCGUUUCUUAGAAAUGAAGCACUCACAAUCUGGAAAAGUUUUGGCGGAACAAUCAAGGGGAUCUUCAUGGAGCUUGAGAAUUUGAUCCGUCGUGAUCCGGCUAAGACUCCGGUACCGGGGGGCGGCCUUCAUCCAAUCACUCGAUAUGUGAUGAAUUACCUUAGAGCAGCCUGUAAGUCGCGGCAGACUCUGGAGCAAGUUUUCGAAGAAGUCGCUCUUACCUCCAAGGACUACAGCAAGCUCGAGGACAGAGCAGCAGCAUCAUCAUCGUCAUCGUUGUCAGUUCAAAUGGAGUGGAUUAUGGAGGUUUUAGAGAGCAAUUUAGAGGCGAAGUCCAAGAUAUACAAGGAUCUUUCCUUGAGCUCUGUGUUUCUGAUGAACAAUGGGCGAUACAUUGUCCAGAAAGUGAAAGACAGUGAAUUAGGAUCAGUUUUAGGUGAGGAUUGGAUUCGAAAGCACUCCGUUAAAAACCGGCAAUACCUUGGGAAUUACCUGAGAAGCUCAUGGAGCAAGGUGAUCGGAGUGUUGAAAGUGGACAGUGGCUCUUUAGCUCCGGCUGCGAUGAAGGAGAAGCUCCAAUCAUUCAACGUGCAGUUUGAACAAGUCUGCCAAACCCAAUCCACAUGGGUGAUAUUCGAGCAUCAGCUUAGAGAAGAAGCAAGAAUCUCAGUCGCCAAAACCCUGUUGCCGGCAUAUCAAAAGUUCGUCGGAAGGUACCAGAGUUUGCCGGAGUUGGCAAAGCGUACAGACCGGUAUUUGAAGUACACGGUGGAGGAUGUGGAGGGUCGAAUCACCGAGCUGUUCGAAGGAGGAGGAGGAGGAGGCGGCGGCGGAAGGAGGUGAGGUGAAUAAAAAUUGCGUGUAUAUGUGUAGAAAUGGGGUGUUUGAUAAGAGAGAAUGUUGGGCAAAGUGGUAAUGGGAUUUGAUGUGGUGGGUGCAAGUGUUAUAGUGAAUGAAUAUGAAUGAUUAAAUCUGAAGGGCUUUGCUCUUUUUGUUUAAUGAUUCAGAAUGGAGGAUUAGGAGAGAUUACUGGGCGUUUGAAGCCUUUGAUUGUUCCUGAAAUUGG